AUGUGGCCGGACCACCUGGAAGUUAUAAUUGUUAAGGUCAUUGUAAAUGUUGUAAGGUCGAAACUGCUCGCUUUCGCUCACAGUCUCGUCACCACCAUUCCUAGGCCUGCAAUGUUCGCCUCCCGCUGUCGUCGUGUCUGCCGUCUCUUCAACGCCGGCGCUCUCUCGUCAUCGCCGCCACAACGACACUCCGCAUCCCGCUCUACAGGCUCGGCGCCACUAAUUGUCACCCAUUAA